UUUUUUGGUUACUGAUUUUAUUGAACAUGUGACUGAAUUAGACGCUCACAUGGCUGCUGUGGCUGCAUGAUCGGCUUUGGAGCUUUAAAGUCCGGUGAUCGGUAGCUCCCUCGGCAGCGACCACCGCAGAGGACCGCUGAAAAACGCAGCGCCUACCCGGACAAAUCAUGGCGAACAGUGGGCAGAAAGUUGUGUUGAUCACCGGCUGCUCCUCCGGCAUCGGCUUGCGAAUCGCCGUCACGCUGGCCAAAGAUGAAAAGAAGCGUUACCAUGUCAUUGCUACCAUGCGGGACCUGAAGAAAAAGGACAAGCUAGUGGAGGCAGCAGGAGAGGCAUAUGGCAAUACCUUGAUGUUGCUUCCGCUAGAUGUGUGCAGUGACGAGUCCGUCAAGCAGUGCGUCAACAAUGUUAAGGACCGCCAUAUUGAUAUCCUGAUCAACAAUGCAGGUGUGGGCUUGCUGGGACCUGUGGAAAGCAUCAGCAUCGAGGAAAUGAAAAGAGUAUUUGAGACCAACUUCUUUGGUGUCGUUCGCAUGAUCAAAGAAGUGAUGCCAGACAUGAAGAAGAGGCGUUCAGGACACAUUGUUGUCAUGAGCAGUGUCAUGGGUCUUCAGGGAGUAGUGUUCAAUGAUGUUUACACUGCCUCCAAAUUUGCGAUGGAAGGUUUCUGUGAGAGUAUGGCAGUACAACUGAUGAAGUUCAAUAUCCGGUUGUCCAUGAUUGAGCCUGGCCCGGUGCACACUGAGUUUGAGACAAAGAUGAUGGAGGAUGUGGCCAAGAUGGAGUAUCCAGGAGUAGAUGCAGACACAGUUCGUUAUUUUAAAGACGUUUACCUGCCAUCAUCCAUAGAUAUAUUUGAAGCCAUGGGCCAGAUGCCAGAAGACAUUGCCAAAUGUAUUAAAAAGGUUAUUGAGUCAAGCAGCCCUCGCUUCAGGAAUCUGACGAACAGCCUCUACACACCCAUUGUGGCCUUAAAGUAUGCAGAUGAAACUGGGGGCCUGUCUGUCAACACCUUCUACAACCUGCUCUUCAAUUUCGGCCCUCUCAUGCACAUCACCAUGAGCAUCCUCAAGUGCCUGACAUGCAGCUGCUUGCGUCGACGCACCAUUUCCCCUAACUGAAGAGAGUGUCCAGUCUUGCCCCUUACCCUCCCAGUUUGUUGAUCCACCCAGUUUCAACCGCCUUUUCUUGAGGUUUUGGACUAAGCAAGUAGAGCAGAGCCAGUAAGCCUGGAGCCAGGAGGUGUCUUUUAGUUCAAAGACACUACCAUGAUAAGCUUUGCCAGACAACAUGCACAUUUGCACAAGAUGUUGUAUGCAGGAUGACCUCAUGUAUUAAGGAAUACACACACAGAAGCAUACAUACACAAAAACACACAGAAAUACAAGCAACACACACAUUUGAUUAUUGUACAUAUUAUUAAAGCAAAGGCCAUGCCUUCAUCAUGUCUAGGUGGGUGGAGCUGAACAGAUAUAGUUUAAGUGGUUAGAAGUCUAUAUCAUUUUAAAGAGAACACACAGACAGGACUUGAGAUACGAGCCCCAUGCGCAGAUAAAGCACAAAAAAUGAACUCAGUUACAGUGAGAAGCAAUAAAAUUCUAGAGAAAUAAUAAUGCUGUAACGUGUAGCCUAGAUAACUAUAGAGUCAGGCUCACCAGAGUUAUAACAUGUAUGCCAGAGACAGAAAGAAUAUAUCUGCUUUUUUUGUGUUUGCCUUAACAUAGUGUUCUCAUGGUCAUAACUGCUGUUAAAUCAUAUUUUUAAUCUUCUGAUGAACUGAAUGUUUUUGGUUUUUAAGGGUUUGUGAUGGGGUGGGUCAGAUAUUUUAA